AUGGAGACCUUGUUUAUGGUCGUUUAUGGUGCUGCGCAAAUUUUUAACGCCCGGAUGAAAAGAGCAGCGCGUCGAAGACAACUUCUGGAGGAAAAAUCAUCGCUAAACCGUCAACUUUACUUCGCGAGAUGGAAGAACUACAAUAAGAGUCCGGACUUGCGUGUUGUAUUUGCCGUGAGGGAUACAAAUAUCAUCCAUAAAAGGUUCUCGCUAUACUCAAAGUUAUUUGCCAAAAGUGAUAGAGCAGUCAACAAGGAAAGAAGUGAUAAUGGGAAAGUCAAAUAUCUGUGGGGAAUGAAAGAGCUGUUUCACAAUACUUUGUAUUAUCUGGAUGAAGGGGGUAUAUAUUUUACUGUAAGUCACCUCAGUAUCGUACACUAUGAUUGUCACAUGGCCGCUGUGAGUGAAUUUGUGAUGUUUGUAUUUACUAACAUACUUGCUCGUGGUCGUGACGAGUGGGAAAGCGCCGCCCCUCAGAAUGCGAACACUAAGUGCAAUGGUCUUUUACCAAUCUGGCGUCCUCAGGUCUCUGAAUCAGCGUUUGCGAGUUGCUUGGCAAGACACAACAGUUACAUUCAAGAGUGCACAGGUCAUCUGGAGCCGACAUUUCACGCUUCCAUUCACGAUCUGCGCCUGUUGCUACAGCGCUUUGCGUUUGAAAAAUCAUUUAGUGAGGACACAGGUGGCGGAGGACGAGAUUCGAACAUCAAAUUUGUACCAUAUGCCAUGCACAUGAUACUUUACGUUCUGAACAAGAAAGCGCCCUUAAUUCGUCACUUUAGUUGUAAUGCUUCCACGAGCGAGGUUAGCGUACCUGUAGUCUUACCCUUCUCCCUUCCGUUUUUCCUUGCGGGAGGAGGGGUGGGGAACUUACAGUCGCACGAAGGCUGACGCGAAGUCCACGGGAGUUGUGGUGUAAGAUACAGUGGUCUCAUGAAUAGCAUGGUCUAAUCUAGGUCGAGAAAACUGAGUCCAACUCGUUGCUAAGUCAUUUGGUUGUGUUCUUAG